AUGACUCGACCGCAGAUGAUCCGGGCUGAUACGAUCGAUUUGCAGAAUCCCGAUGCUCCAUCCACGCAAGACCACUCUCGUUCCGCAAAUAGCAAAGUAUCUCGAUCCGUGCAUGGCCGCCAUCAGGACCAGACUUUGCGCAACGCGGAGCAGGACAUGUUAGAAGAAAUUGCUAGAGGCCCUCUAUCUCCGGAAAAGGAUUCUUUCCAAGAAGAUAUUCAAAAAGACCAAACUGACUUACGAGACCGUUCUGAUAAACUGCGAAGUGGUCGAACUGGUGGCUAUGAGAAUCUUAUUGGGGAUGAUGUUGGAGACGGCGACCUUGAUGAUCAGCUUGACGAUGACGAAGAUGACGAUGAUAUGCUAGAUAAAAUCUCGAGUUCUCCCUCAAUAGAUGAUGAGGACAUCGAUUUCGAAUUUGUUUAUGCUCUUCAUACAUUUUUUGCCACGGUCGAAGGCCAAGCGAAUGCAACCAAAGGGGAUACUAUGGUCCUUCUGGACGAUAGUAAUAGCUAUUGGUGGUUAGUACGUGUUGUAAAAGAUGGAAGCAUAGGAUACCUUCCUGCCGAGCAUAUUGAAACCCCUACCGAGAGGCUUGCUCGUUUGAACAAGCAUCGAAACGUUGAUCUUUCGGCCACCAUGCUUGGUGAUAAUGCAGAAAAAUCCAAAAACCCCCUGAAGAAAGCGAUGCGCCGACGGAACGCGAAAACAGUUACCUUUGCCUCUCCCGUUUACUUCGAACCAUCGGAUAUCGAUUACUCCACUGAAGAAGACGCGGACGGCGAAUUUUUGGAGGAACAAGAAGAUGAAGAUGGGGCAGAAAAUUCAGAUGCUCAAGUCAACCGAGAGGAGUCUGGGACAGGAAAUAUCAACGUAGAGCCAUUGCGCUCGAAACUUCAGGUGGAUGGUGGGAUGAAUGCGAAAGAGGAGGAAUCACAGCGGCAGAGCCUUGAGCAAGACGUUGAUACGGAACAACCCUCAAAUCAACAAGGCAAGUCGCCGUGUCUGAUAUUGAGGGAACAUUGCGCUAACGUGUUUCUAGACGACUUCAAACAUGGCAGAUCGAGAAACGGAACUCUACGAAAUACCGACUCGUUUUUCAAAGACGAUACGGGCGAAACAAAGAAGAUAUCGCUCACCCCAAACCUAUUACGGGAUGAUGCCACUGAGACUGCUUCGAUCGAUUCCAAAGAGAUGAAAACUCGAGGAAGUUUCGAGACUCUGGUUAGCGAUAAAGGCAAAGACGACAAAAAGCGCAAGGAAAAGAAACCAGGAAUGCUUAGCGGGCUAUUCAAAAGAAAAGAUAAGAAGAGCAAAGCAGAAGAUGAAGGUGACGAAAAUCCCGAAAAGAUAUCCGAAGAAUCCUCUCGCUCGUCCACGGAUCGGAAAAUGUCAAUCGAGUCGCUUAAGGAAGAGAGCCGCUCUCCAAAGCAGCAGGUGGUGUCUCGCCAAUUAAGCAAACUGACAAAACCAGCUUCUUCUGGGCCUGUGUCACAACCAAUGGAGUCUGUGUCGUCGACUAACACUUCCAUCGCCCCGUCUGUACGCGCUGUUAUCCCCGAAUCAAAGGAAGGGGUCUCAGAGCUUCGCGUCCGUCCGUCGGACAUGAAGCAAGAGCCAUCUUAUAAUCCACCCUUGGAUCGUGACCCUACUUCUACUAUAUCCGCACCCCCCAGGACUGACUCGAUACAUUAUUCACUGCAACCAAUAGAUGCUGCUGACAAACCUUCUGAAAUCCCCAUCGCCCUUUCUUCAACGAAAGUAGAAAAUAUGCUUAUAGCGCCGCCGGUUAUAUCUUCCCGACCCGCUGUUCAAGAAACUCCCGUGGAUCCUUAUCGCUCGGAUGAUGCUACGGUAUUACCCAAGGAGCAAGCGCCUCCAGAGGAAGAUGUCUAUUCUACCGGCUCCGUACCCCCACCUUCGUCAGAUCCUCUCGAAAGUUCACAAUCCAAAAGUGAACUUAAUGAUACGAUGGAAACUGCGCCCGCACCGACUCCUAGCCCGGUAUGGAACGACGCUGGUUUACGGGCCUAUCUGGAGGAUGGCAGCGAUAUUCGUGAUCUAUUGAUAAUUGUUCAUGACAAAUCGAAUGUCUUACCCGCCGGACCCGACCAUCCUAUCACCGGAAAUCUUUUUAGGGAAGAGAGCAAGGCACUAAACGAGAUGUCAAGCCGCCUUGAUGAAAUGCUAGCUGGAUGGCUAGCUAGAAAGCCUUCUGUUGCGGCUAGAUGA